UAGUCAACAAUACUUUAAAGAAUAGUUUUCGCAAAAUUGAAUUUAAACACAGUUAUUAUAAUAAACUUAAAUCAUUAUCACUGGUAUUUCUAGAGAAUCUUUGCAAAUUACCGCUUGUUUUAAACCGAUGAAAACCGUAUUUAACUAAGAUAAGAAAAAAACAAUGCAGACCGCUCACUGUUAAUGUCAAUGUUUAAACUACGCUCCUCUAUAAGGCUAACUACAUAUAUAUGUACAUGUAAAAUGUAAAAUUGAUUUACUCUUCAUUAAGCAGCCGUUCAACUGUGGUGGCCGACACUUAUGAUAAACUGGAAAUAUGAAUAAAUACAUGAAUGAUGACAAGAUAGCGGAUGAUAGUUUCAAUGUAAAGAAACAUCUGAAUGAUGAUGGAGACAAUAACAAUUGGAAUGAAGAAGCAGAAAAUAAAAAUUGGAAUAGAGAAGCAGACGAUAAAUAUCCGGAUAAAAAAGCAGACGACACACAUUGGGAUGAGGAAGCAGACGAUGUUGAUAUAGAACAGAUUACACAAAAUGCGCAUGUUCCAAAAGAUCAUGGCUGGGCGUGGUUUAUUUUAUUAGGAGCAACGCUAGAAAUGUUUUUGCAGCUUGGAAUAGUGAAGUCAGCAGGAAUAUUGUUUGUUGCCUUCCAAGAAAAGUUUCAUUCUAGCUCAUCCGUGACGUCUUUACUGUCGACCGUACAGAACAUUUGCCAAAGUUUAACAGCUUUUCUUGUGAUGACGUGUGGAAUCAAGCUAACAUCCUACCGCAAUCUGGUGUUUUUUGGAAGCAGUAUUUCUUGUAUUGCAUACGUCAUAACUUCACAAGCAACUGAUAUAAGAGUGCUUCUGUUCUCACAUGGCGUUCUCCAAGGUAUUGGUGUUGGAACAGCACUUCCAGCUACCGUAACAAUGGUGAGUUUAUACUUCGAGAAAAGACGUGGCUUGGCGAAUAGUAUUGCUGUUAGUGGCGGUCCGGUAGGUGGAGCCGUGUUCGCCUCUCUUAUAACACAUUUAUUGGCGACCUACGGGUAUCAAGGAUGUGUGCUAGUUGUGGCGGGUAUUUUAUUAAACGGCUGUGUCAGUGGAGCUUUCUUUAGACCAACUUCAUUCUAUACAGAUAGAAAAGCGAGACAAAAACUUAGAGAUGUCGGAAAAGAAGUCGAGGAAGAAAGACAAAAGUUUAUAAGUAAUCAUAAAAUGCAGAAACAUAGUAAUCUUGAUAUCAUGAGCUUAAAAAAAGGUGAUUUGAUAUUGGAUCAGGAGUCGUUGUCUGCUUCAGACAACUUUUCAAAGGUAACAUUUGAAAAAUCCCCCAACAAUUUUACCCUGGAAUAUAGAAAACAGGAAAACAGUGUUUAUACAGAUAUUGUCAAAAGUCAGAAGACACAUAAAUUAUUAGAAACUUCAGAAGACACUUUUCAUUCUUUUGAUGUGAAUACUUCAGUGGAAAGUAUUAAUGAGCAAAUAAAUCGGGAAGAUGAUAAAAAUGAUUUAAAGAGACAUAUUUUCUGUAAAUAUUUCAACUUUCAACUAUUAACAAAUCCUUUAUUUUUGGCAUUUCUUUUGCAAGGUAGUUUCAUUGCUUCUGGCACCCUUGUUGCACCAAUUUUUAUAGUUCCUUAUGCAAGAGACAUUAAUGUUAGCACGGAAGACAUUGCAACUUUAGUUACCACUCAAAGUUGUAUAGAUUUAUUUGCUCGUUUGUUAAUAGGAUACAUUUCUGAUAAGAACUGGGUUCGGCGAUCAACUAUUGUGGCUACUGCGUCUAUGGUGGUUGCCGUGUCGUCUAGCCUUCUGCGAUUCUAUACAACCUUUCCACUUCUGCUGGGCUAUUCCGUUGUUUUAGGUCUAGUGUCAGGGGUGUAUUUCUCCCUCUAUACAGUAGUUCUCAUCGAUUACUUAACACUUCAAAAUUUUCAGACAUCUCUUGGUUUUAUGUCACUUGUACAUGGAUUCUCGAUUGCCGCGGUAUUUUACCUUGUAGGUUAUUUACGCGACAUAUCGGGGUCAUACAUAGUUCCUCACCAGGUGAUCGGUGCAACUACAGGCAUAGGUUCCAUUAUUAUGUUUUUGAUGCCUGUUAUCCAGCGUCUACAAAAAUAAUAACGCUUGAAAGUUACCACCCAAUAACUAUUUCUACAAUAAUGACGAAAUUAAAGCGGCUGAUACACGAUUAAUUAAAGGAGAAUGUGAAACAUUUGAAUUUGAAUUAAGUGAGUAGAUAUUGGAGUAUAAUAUUCCAACUCUAAAAUUCUGGAAUUCUAUCUUAUACACAGUAUUCAAGCAUAAAAAUAAAAAGUAUACAAAAUAAAUGUUCUAAUCUAAACAGAAAUGCAUACCUUCAUGACGUCUAUGUGCAUUGAAAAUGUUAACAUGCAAUUUGUUGCAGUAGCAUGUAACAGCAACGUCUUUCUUACAUUGAUGCAUCAUUUACACAGCCGAAGAAUAAUUUUAAUUAGAAUGUUUUGAAGAUUAUUUUAUACUCAUAAUCAGGGUUAUUAUGGAUCCACAUUUUGAAAUGCUGUCAAAACAUUAAUUAAUUGAUGUAGGAACCACAUAUUGCUAAUUUACUUUUUUCGACGCGACCCAAUGCUAUGCUUGCCAAAAUGUAAAAUUGAACGGAGACUUAUUAAUCUCGCAUGAAAUAUCUGCAUAUACCAGAAAGACCAUAGCCCGAAAAAGAAAUAAAGAAAACGUUCAUAUCCAGUUCCACUUUAGUUAACUGUUCAAAGUAUCUAAUAAUGUUUAAUUGCAUAUGUUUAAACAAAAAUGUAAGCAGAAUAUGCUGUCAUAGUGUUUUUAAGCUCUAUUACGUGUUGAGAAUUGAGUACCGCCCUUAUAUACCGCUAUAGCCGGUGCUAGUUGGCGUGAGGAAUGUUGCACUUAUUCAUUAUCCCUCAUGAACAGACUCAAUCAAACCGAGUCUGCAAUUUUCAUGUAAUUUUGUUGUAAUUAAUGCUUCCGAUGGAUCACUUUGGUUCCAGAUCUGCCUUAAAAAAUGAAGGGGGAAAAAAGGUGAAAAAAGAGAAAUACGUUUUGGAUUUUCGCGAUCACGGCAGACAGGCUUCAAGUAUAAAAUCAUUUUAAUAAUACUUAAAUAAAUGUUGAGUAAAUUCAUAUGCAAGAAACAAUUUAUAUUUGCAUGAUUUUUGUACUAAAUUCAAAGAACUCACUCGCCACUAUUUCAAGACAAACGAACUGGAAUAGAUUUCCACACUGAAAAGAUUGGAGUGUUCAACAAUGAACAUGUAUUAAUUUUUUUCAUAUGUCAUGUCUGACUUGUGUUCGAAUCCUUAGUGGACAGUAAUAUAACAAUCUAAAUCUUAAGCUUUUGAAGUAUUUAACGGUAUCUAGCGAUAUGACACAUUUUCUUUAUGACAUGUACCCAUGUACCGACUUAACAAUUCAAAUUAAAACCUUUCUUAAGUGGAGACAAAAAAAAAAGAAUUCGUAUCUGAUAAUCAAUGUAUAAAUUACAUAUACAGUAAAGUGCAAUAUUUAGUCCGAGCGAUUUCAAAAUAACAGAAUUAAAAGAAUACGAAUCUCAAAGUCAAAAGUCAAAAACGGCAAAAUUGAAAAUGUUACAGGAUCGGUUUGGUUGAGCCUGUAUAAUGGACGGUUAUGCAAACUACCGUCCACGCCCACUGGCACCAGCUUAAGCAGAACAUGAAAAUGGUCAAAUUUUGAAUUGAGAAACAUCCGCAGAUGAAGUCAUGCUUAUGUAAAUGAAAUAGUAAUGUUAUUUCAGCUAAUGGGUAUCUGUUUUCAUUAAAUGUAGUAGUUUAAUCAUGUAAACUGUCUCUCCACUAAUUUUUACUUAUCUGUCUAACCUCCUUUACAUUUUUUGUGUUACCGUUGGUUUCCUGCCCAUUCUAUGAAUAUUUUAUAAAGAAUCUCUCUGCUCGGUUUACUUUCUUUAACCUUUACACCGUCGAUCUGGGCACAUUUUACGUAUUUGAUACAUCCUUCUUCAAACAAUUUUCUAGUGACUUUUUUCUCUUUUACGCCCAUAAUACACGCAGCAGACGAAUCAAAUCUAUAAUGUUCUAAAAAUAACCUACAAAACCCCGUUUCAAUUUAUAACUCGAUUUAACGUGUACGCAAUUGACCCAUUUGUUGACAACGCUCCCGUCAUUUCAUCCGAAUAUAUAUUGCAUUAGAAUCAAUCCAAAUAACAAGAGAAAAACACGUCAAAAUUGAAAAUGUUGCAGGCUCGGCUUGGAUGGUAGUUGUAAUUGCAAGCUACCGCCCACGCCCCUUAGCACAGACUUUGGUUGAAUCAACAUUUAAUAUGAACUGGUAAAAUAUCUAUUUUUAAAACAUCAA